UCGUGGUCAUAUUGAAGAACGGAUUGGCAACACCUGACGAGUAGUCUACCGGGACUUAAUACCGUAAAGAGCCCACUUUGUUGUCAUAUUUUAAAAACACUUACAGGUUGACGAAUCAGCUAAACAUCAGGAUUCUAAAGUGAAUCUUCAGGCAUCAAGCUUUCUGCUGUGUACAAGCGCACAGCUAUGAAUCAAUACCACUUUUUCGCGUUGUGUGUUUUAGCAGCUGUGUGUCUGCUUGGGAUCGUUGGCAUUCUGUUUGCCAAAACUUCAGCUGAUGAUAAACAGCCAAGUGACGUAUUUGAUGUAUCAUUAAGCGCAUCGUUAGACAUUGAAACAACUGAACGUAAUAACUUUGGAUCCAAAAAGACAUCUCUGAAAAUCGAAUGGAAUCCGGCUGCAAGGAAAAUGAAUUUCCAUCAUACUGACGUGUUUUCAUCGGACGACGACUCCCUUUACGAACUGUUUUUCAUCAAGGUAGAAGAUAAAGCGACUGUCGGUAUUUCUUACGUUAAUAGUUCCGUAGCAUUCUGUAUCGAGGACGUUACUCUGCCAAAAUGGGUAGAUGUUCUUCAGCACAUCUUGACAGUUGACAGUUGGUCAAGAGGUAAGCAGUCAGACGGAUGUCGCGGGGACAUCUGGUAUACCACAUACAAGCAGGAUAUCAUUGAAAUCUGCACAAAUGACAAUCAGUUGGAGUAUGUAAUGCAUCAAAAGCGUCGUGCUUCGAUAACAAGCUGGACAAGAACUGAUAACCAAAAUAUUCAUAUAAGAUCAGAUGUACUGAAUGGCCCGUGUCGCGAUCUCAGACAAAAGAAUUACAGCAAAGAAUACCAUCUUCCAGUGAAAACCAAAAGGGAUUCCGGGAUGUCGCCCACCACGUGUUUGUUUGUACAUGGAGCUGGUAAUAAUGCUUCUGGUAACGAUGUUCUACCAGAUUUCUCCGAAUAUUGGGGGGACGUACGUAAUUACACUUCGAAUUGUGCUUCGCACAAAUUCCUUGUCUAUAACAGCAAAGACAAUGGCUGGGAUGAGGGCCAGAUACACCAGCACUUUUGUGAUGUGGCUGCCACCAAUGGAACUAUAACGAACACGGUGAUAUUUUCACAUUCUAUGGGGAAUUUAGUGGUUGCAGCUGCACUGCACCGACAAAAGUGUACCUUCAACCAGGCCACAAGCCACUGGUUUUCCGUUCAAGGCACGUGGACGGGAACUGUUGAAGCCAAUACGCUUUCAAUUAUUUGCAGACACCCCACGUGGCUUCAAACACCGAUCCGUUCUUUAUUGCGGGCAUAUGGAUACUGUAAACCUACUGAAAAUACUGAAUCCGACGUCUACACUACCCUAAAUACUGAUUACGCAUCACCUACUGGAAUAGGCUUCGAUAAUCUGACAGAUGUAGGAAGGAGGUAUGUAUCAGGGGUGAUGUGCGGAAACAGCAGUAUUGGCCUGACAACGGAUUACACGGAGAGCGUGGUCAUGUUCCUGUUACAGUCUUACAGCAACCUGGCUGUUCCUAAUGACGGCAUUGUGACGUUCGAUAGCUGCAAACUAAAAGAUGAGCAAUUCAAAUUCACAAGCUCUAAUCCUUACUACAUAGGUUACAUUAACCACGCGGAUGGCACUUGCAGACAUGGAGGAGAUCCCUGUUCUUGGUAUCAUCAUAUGCACCUAUACUAGGUAUCUCUCUGUACAAAGAACAGUAUUUUUGUAUAAUCGAAAACAGUGACAUGGGAUCGCUGCAGAUCCGGACAUAUUUGCCACACGCCUGACUUUCCCAUUCAAAUGAUAUUUAGUUUACAUGUUCCCUUUUGGGAAUGUAAAGUAAGAAUUAACUUAUAUGACACAGAAUAUACCGUUUUCAAUGCACUGACAACUCUAGAUCGGCCACUACCCAACUCUUGAUAUCAUGACGUCAUGUCUACUGACCCGGAUGUGACGUCGAAAUACUAGUAAUUCAUGGGCACCUGGACUUAUCCAAGUAUAUAUUUCACUAGUAUAGUGGCAUUAAGGCUAUUAAUAUAUAUUUAAAAGAUGGAUAAAAGGAGUUGUCAUGCUAACAAGAACAUUCGGGACGGAUUACAUCAAUCUCAGAUAGAAUGGAUCUGUUUUAAUUUAUCGUCAUGUGAUAUCGUUGAGGUAUCAUCUUUGAAAUGGGUUUUUUUGGAGAAGACGUAGAUCAGUUGGGAAAACUUCAGUCCCAUUGUGUAUUAUGUACAAACAAAAUAGUUUCAAUCAAUGAACGUGUCCGGCGUAAGGACGUCGGUAACCGUCGGCACUUUCCAUAAAAUAUUUUCUCGCUUACCGACCGUGUCGACGGUUUCCGAUUGCUGGAGUAAAAGUCUGUUUGCCCUUUGUAAAUUCAAUUUCGUUUGUAUAUAAUUGACGUUGAUAAGAAACGUUAAAUGUCUCGAAGAUUGAACGUUUUAUUUAAAUAAAAAUAACUUAUGUUUUCAUGUACAUACGUUUCUUUUGAGUUUUUUCUUUGGCAAAAACUCUCCGUGCUACAUGUAUAUGAAUGUUGUAUGCUUGUUUACUGAAUAAAAGAAUAUUCUUGAAAUUGAACGCAUUUAUUCUUUUCUCCUGAAACAGCACCUUGCAUUUUAGAUAUGACACCAAAGACUGACAUGAAGUACACUUAUUUUUUUUAUAUCUUUUUCAAAUCGUCGUAAACCAAA